AUGUCAUCGAAAGCAGCCGAUAUUCUUCUUGAAGCUGGUAGUUCAUUUAAACGUAUAGCUGAAUUAACAAUGGAAUUAGUUGAUCCAAAUGCAUCUAAUCGUUUAUCAAGUUCAUCAUCAUCAUCAACACAAAAAACACCAAUUGAUUCAACAGAAUUAAAACGUCUUCGUGAUGCACUUAAUCGAUUUUCAUCGGAUCUUGAUGCGGUUUCACAACGUAUACAUACAAAUCGUGAAGCUGCUACAGCACCACAAGAAGUUGAAAGAUUAAUGAGUUUAAAUUUAACGGAAAAUGAUAAUAAUGAACAACAAAUACAAAAUGAAGAAACAUCGGUAUCGAAUGAUAAUCAAGCAGCUGUACCUAUGACUGUUUAA